AUGUCAUCGUCAUCAAAAGCCCAUCAAGACAUGAAGGCAGGGCCAUUCGAUACCUCUCAGGCUGACCCUGAGCUGGCAUGCAAGGAAGGAGUCAUUGAUGAAGAUGUUCACUUCGUCGACUGGGACGGUCCUGACGAUCCAAAGAACCCGCGAAACUGGUCAUCGGGCAAAAAGCUUGUCCAUGUCUUGUUGGUCAGCGGAUUCACUCUUUACUCGAAUCUCGCCGCCGUUAUGUUUGCUCCGGGGGCUCAGGAUGUUGCGAAGGAGUUCCGCAUCACCAGCACGAUUGUAGAGUCUUUGACGGUCACGAUAUAUCUCUUGGGAUUCUGUCUGGGUCCACUUAUCCUCUCCUCGUUAUCUGAAACGUAUGGUCGACUGAUCGUCUACCAUAUUUGCAACAUGAUCUUUAUCGGAUUGACUGUGGGUUGUGCUCUAAGCACUGACGCGGGCAUGUUCCUAGCAUUCCGCCUUCUCUGCGGUGUUGCUGCAUCUUCACCAAUGGCCAUUGGAGGUGGCACAAUUGCCGAUCUCUACGUUGAGGCUGAGAGGGGGAAGGCAAUGGCAAUAUUUGGCAUGGGUCCUCUUCUUGGUCCGGUCAUCGGCCCUGUCAUCGGCGGAUUUGUUUCGCAGGAUAUUGGUUGGCGUUGGACAUUCUGGUUGAUCCUCAUCUUAUCAAGCGUGAUCUCUCUCCUUUCUGUGAUCUUUUUACGGGAGACUUAUGAGCCAGCCUUACUAAGUCGCAAAGCGGCCCGACUAUGUAAAAAGACAGGAAACCCUAAGCUCUGUGCUCGGACCUUGAAUAAAAAUCUCACCCCUUCACAGAUUCUUACGCGCUCUAUUAUGCGACCGACUAAGAUGAUUUUUCUAUCCCCGAUUGUCUUCCUCAUUUCAAUCUACUGUGCGUUCAUGUUCAGCCUCCUCUAUCUUCUCUUUACAACCUUUCCAGAUGUGUUUGAAAAAACCUAUGGCUGGGGUCCUGAAAUUUCAGGACUUUCAUACCUUGGACUCGGCAUUGGCAUGAUGUUCAGUAUUGCGCUAUUUGGUUUACUUAGCGAUAAGCUUCUGAAGCAGCCACGUGGUGGGACUGUUGCCAGACCUGAAUUACGCCUGAUUUUGAUGAUGUGGUGUUCGCCAUUGGUCCCUAUCGGCUUUAUCUGGUAUGGCUGGAGUGCCAAAUUCCACGCACAUUGGAUCAUUUCGAUGCUCGGCACUGGACUCAUCGGGAUCAGCGCAUUCUUGAUUAUGAUGCCAGCACAGCUGUAUCUUGUGGACUCGUUUGGAACUGAAGGGAGUGCUUCUGCUCUAGCUGGCAAUACCGUGCUACGGAGUCUAUUUGCGGCACUUCUGCCACUCGCAGGGCCUGAUAUGUACGCUCGCCUGGGACUUGGCUGGGGUAACACACUACUUGGAUUUAUUGCUUUUGCCUUUGUUCCGGUUCCCUGGCUGUUCUUCAAAUAUGGCGAAUAUCUGAGAACUCGCUUUCCGUUGAGAUAUUAA